UCGGACUAUUUCAAGGUUUUUUUUUUUAUUUAGUUGUUUAGCUACUUCUGAAGGAACUGUUUGGAAGAAUGAUACGCCUUCGUCAAUUUCGCAAGGAACAAUUUAAUUUGCAGGACUUGUCGAUCAGGGUGCGUGAUUGAAAAUGCAGUACUGACUGGCACACGGUUAUUUCAAAAUUACAUUUUUAUGGUACUUUUUUGUCAUGGGGACUACGAUAUACAGUGAGAGAACUGCAAACCUUUUCAUGCGUACUUGCCGUUCGAGAGGCUUUGCACACCUGUGCGCCCCAGCGCUUUCUGCUCCUGACUCCUGCACUCCUACCUGUUAGACCCCCUCUCAGCUCUUCGCCCCUCUCCCCCAUGCCACAAUGAGCACUUAGUGAAAUUCCGGGAUUGCUGACGGGCAAUCAGGAUCAGGAUGUUCAACGACACUGUGUACACAAACUGCACCUUCAAUUGCACAUUCAACUGCUCUUUGUUGGACUCCGAUUAUUGGGAUGCCGAAUAUCCGGUCAAUCUUUUCCCUAUCCCAGUUUUGACAGGCGUAACGGCAACUUGCAUUUUCCUCUUCGUCAUAGGGACUGCUGGGAAUUUAAUGACCAUUCUGAUCGUAUCCAAGUACAAAGAUAUGAGGACCACGACCAACUUGUACCUGUCCAGCAUGGCCUUUUCGGACCUGUUCAUUUUCCUCUGCUUGCCCCUUGACUUGUACCGCAUCUGGCGCUACAGACCCUGGAACUUUGGAGACUUGCUGUGCAAGCUCUUUCAGUUCGUCAGCGAGAGCUGCACCUACUCCACCAUCCUCAACAUCACGGCCCUGAGCAUCGAAAGGUACUUUGCCAUCUGUUUUCCGCUCAGAGCCAAGGUGGUCGUGACAAAAGGACGUGUCAAGGGAAUCAUAUUGCUGCUCUGGGCGAUUGCCUUUGCUAGUGCCGGACCCAUAUUCGUCCUGGUGGGUGUCAAACACGAGGAUGGUACUGACCCAUGGGAGACAAAUGAAUGCAAACCUACCGACUACGCAAUUCGCUCUGGUCUCCUCACCAUCAUGGUGUGGGUUUCCAGUAUUUUUUUCUUCUUGCCGGUCUUUUGCUUGACUAUACUUUAUAGCCUCAUAGGAAGGAAGUUGUGGAAGAGAAAGAGGGAUACCAUAGGACCCAACAUGUCAAGUAGAGAUAAGAACAACAAGCAGACUGUGAAAAUGCUCGCGGUGGUAGUAUUUGCUUUCGUUCUCUGCUGGCUGCCAUUCCACGUUGGACGAUACUUGUUUUCCAAGUCAUCAGAAGCCAACUCAUUGGAGAUGUCUCAGAUGAGCCAGUACUGCAACUUGGUUUCUUUUGUGCUCUUUUACCUUAGUGCUGCCAUCAACCCCAUCUUGUACAACAUCAUGUCGAAGAAAUAUCGAGUGGCUGCUUGCAAGCUCUUUGGACUGAAGCAAACUCCCAAAAGAACGGCAUCCACCAUGAAGGAUGAGAGCUCCCCAGGUUGGACAGAGUCUAGCAUUAGCACGUGAUGGGGGAACAGAGGACCAGUGCUUUGUUUUUCUCUUACAAAGAUGAUGUGUGCCAAAAAGCCAUAAAAGUACCAACCACUGGUUUUACUGCUCUUACUACUACACAUGCAUGUAACAAGAACCAUUCAUAGGCUGGAGAGGUAAACCAUGUAAAACUAACAGGUAAUUGGGGAAGAUCGAUGGCGUACAUAAAGUUCACAUUGGACAUUUCUGAAUGUGCCUCAGUUUAGCCACAGUCUAGUCUGAUGGCUGGUCAAGUGGAAGGCAGUCACUGUGUACUUUAGGAGAAGAGAUGUUUGUUGGCGGUGUACUGUAGGCCCACAUAGGUUGUGGAUUGUUUCGUCAGCAAUAUACCUAACCUGACCUGGGUUUAGACUGUGCCAAACUAUUUUGAAUGCUAUAUUUUUGGAUAGAAACAAUAUGAAAAAGUUCUCUUUCAAAACUAAAACCAAACAGUGAUGUGCCCAUAUCUUUUUUUGGACCGACACAAUUAAUAAAACACAAAAAAGUUAAUUUUAUUGUGCCUUCAUAGGGUGAACACCACCCUAAGGCAUCUCUGCAGUAAAGAAGGACAACUGUUUACAUAUAUUUACAUAUAUAUUUUUACAACUGGAGCACAGGCAAGUUAAAUGACACACUUAGGAUCACAGUACCAUACAAAUGGAAAGCCAUCAGCAUUAUGAAGUAAAGUCCAAAACCUGAGCCAACUGGAAACACCACCAGCUUAAUUAAAAAGGAAAAAUUCUUGGUAAGAACACUAAAUGUAUUAAAAGGUGCGCACCCGUGUUUUACAUAAAGCAUACAUGAUUAAGUAUAUAAAUGUUUAAACAUUAUUCUGAACUAGCCAACCCGCGGCAUACUAUAUGCCGCAUAAUCAGG